AUGAUUGCCCAAAAGAAACGAGAAUUGGCAGAAAAGAUGAGGAAAGAGGAAAGAACCAAGAAGCUGGAGGAGAUGAAGAAAGUUAGAGAAGAACGUGAAAGAAAAAUGUUGGAAGAUUUGGAAAAGAAGUUUGCUGAACUACCAGAGGAAAGUCAAAAUGAACUGAUUCAGAUGAGGCAAAAAUGGCUUGCCCAGCAAAAAAGAAUUGCCGAAUCACGUGAAAAACGUAUAAAGGAAGCCAGAGAGAACCGCAAGAAAGCUUUGGAAGAACAAGAGAGGAAGAUCAAUGCCGUCAUUGCAGAAGUCAACAAGAAAUUCGAUGAGAUGCCAGAGGAAGAACAGAAGAAAUACAUUGAAAUGAAGCAGUUUUACGAGAAAGCUCUUGAAGCUCGCAAGAAGAGGAUCGAAGCAGGAAAGACCCAGGAGGAUGAAGUUACUGAAGAAAAAGAGGAGAAGUCUAUUGAUGAUCUUCUAAAGGACUUCAUUGACUCACUUCACAAUGCUGCCAAGGACGCACUUACCGGACUCAACGAGCUCAGGAAGGAAAUCUUCGGCGAAGACAAAGCUGAGGAUGAAGUAACCGAGGAAAAGGAAGAAAAGACCCUGGACGAAUUGUUGAAGGACUUUGUGGACAGCCUACACACCGCAUCUAAAGAGGCUCUCCAUGGACUAAAUGAGCUUAGAAAGGAGAUCUUUGGCGAAGACAAAGCCGAGUAAUGAUUCGUUCUGUUUACGUUGGUCUAUUGUAAAAAUGUAAUAAAAGAAAAAGUUAUAAGCUGUA